AUGGUCAAGGAGACUAAGUACUAUGAGUGCCUGGGGGUUGACCCUUCGGCCACCGAAGCCCAACUGAAGACCGCCUACAAGAAGGGUGCGCUCAAGUUUCACCCAGACAAGAACAAGAACAACCCCGAGGCCGCUGAAAAGUUCAAGGAGCUGUCGCACGCCUACGAAAUCCUGUCCGACUCCCAGAAACGUGCAAUUUACGAUCAGUAUGGUGAAGAGGGCUUGGAGGGUGGUGGUGCCGGUGGUGGCAUGAACGCCGAGGACUUGUUCUCCCAGUUCUUUGGCGGCGGCGGUGCCUUUGGUGGUAUGUUCGGUGGUGGUAUGCGCGACACCGGCCCCAAGAAGGCCCGUACCAUUCACCACGUCCACAAGGUCAACCUGGAAGACAUCUACCGCGGCAAGGUUUCCAAGCUGGCCUUGCAGAAGUCUGUCAUCUGUUCCGGCUGCGAGGGCCGUGGCGGUAAGGAGGGUGCCGUGAAGGAGUGCACAGGCUGCAAUGGCAGUGGUAUGAAGACUAUGAUGCGCCAAAUGGGCCCCAUGAUUCAACGCUUCCAGACCGUUUGCCCCGACUGUAACGGCGAGGGUGAGAUCAUUCGUGAGAAGGACCGUUGCAAGAAGUGUAACGGUAAGAAGACCGUUGUUGAGCGCAAGGUGCUUCACGUCCACGUCGACAAGGGUGUGCGCGACGGUCACAAGAUCGAGUUCCGUGGUGAAGGUGACCAGAUGCCCGGUGUUAUGCCUGGUGAUGUUGUUUUCGAAAUUGAGCAGAAGCCCCAUCCUCGCUUCCAACGCAAAAACGACGACCUGUUCUACCAGGCCGAAAUCGAUCUUCUGACUGCUCUUGCUGGUGGUUCCAUUCACAUCGAGCACCUCGACGAUCGGUGGUUGACUGUGAACAUUGCUCCCGGCGAGGUUAUCGUUCCUGAUGCUAUCAAGGUUAUCCACGGUCAGGGUAUGCCCUCAUUCCGCCACCACGACUUUGGCAACCUGUACAUCAAGUUCGAUGUCAAGUUCCCCGAGAAGGACCAGCUGCAGAACCUUGAGCUCCUUGAGCAGGUUUUGCCCCCACGCGUGCAGCAGAACCAGCCCCCUGCCGACGCCAUGGUUGAGGACUUUGAGCUCGAGGACAUCGACUCCACAGAGAACUCCCAGGCUCGUGCCCACGGUGCCGCUGGUGCCAUGGAUGAGGACGAUGAUGAUGUUCCCCCGGUGCUGAGCGCGUCCAGUGUGCUUCGCAGUAAAUGA